AUGAAUAUUUCAAGUCAUGAACCACCGUUAUUAUCAUAUCCUGACGAUUUAAACGUCCUUUCUAAUCUGAUUCUUGAUGAUUGCAAGACCAAUGAUAAAUUAAAUAUAGAUGAUGAUGGAUUGAAUAUUUUAACUGAUGAUCCAUUUAAAAACAUACGACAAAUGACUCAAGUAGCUGACUUCUUAGCACAAUUUGAUGAUUGUUUUGAAUUAAUAAAAAAAAAAAAAUUACAAAAAACAAUGUCAAAUCAUUUACAAUCAAAUAUGUUUAAACCUUGUCAUAAUUUUAUUCAACGUAACGAUUCAUUCCCUGAUCCAAUAGCUAUUAAUGAUGUAAUUCUUGCACAAUCUAUUUCACAAGAUUAUGAUCAACUAUGCAAUACUCCAUUGGUAUCUGACAACAUACAAGUUCAGCCACAACAAUCAACAACUGUAACUCCAGUUAAUUAUACGUUAGCACCAAAAGCUUUCAUACAAUGUAAUACACCACAAAUAGCAAAUAAUCUAGUAUAUCAAAAAGAAGCCGUCCAAAAUAAUAUUAUAGAAUCAAAACCAAUCCAAAUAAUAUGUCAACCACGUUCAAAAUUUCGUCCACGAACACAAAAUGAAAGUAAAACUUCAUCACAUUAUUUACGAUGUGAAGAUAGUGCUGAACUUGAUUAUCCUGCAAUAUCUGUACCUCAGAUAUGGGCUAGUCAAUCGAAAGUAAAUAUUAUUGAAGUUGCUCUUGUGGAUAUUGAGAAACAACUACAUCCCUAUACUAUUGAUAACAAAAAUAGUAAAAAAUCAUUCGACGAUCAAGUAUUAAUUUUCAAAGAGACUCAACCUAAUAUAUUAUAUUUUCGUUUAACCAAUGAAGACUUCCUAAUUGGUUACAAAACUUUUAUGAUUGAAUUAAUUAAAAUGAAACAAGAUGAUUUUAUUACAAAAAAAUUAAUUCGAUCACGAAAACUUGAUCAAUCGAUGCUUCGUUUUACACGAAUUUAUCAAGAUGAAAAUGGCAACUAUCAGCGAGAUAACAACAGUGAAGAAUAUUCUUGUAUAAUGACAGAAAGUUAUGGUGAUGUUGCUGUUGAACGUAUAGAACCACGAUAUGGUCCAAUGUGUAGAAAGUCAAUGAUAUUUAUUGUUCUUAAAGGACGUUUUAUUAAAGAUGAUUUAUCUAUUAUUGUUUUUGGACAAACAAUUAGGUGGUCUCAGGAAAUAAAAGACUUUAUCUUAAAUGGUAAUGUUAUUUAUUUUACAAUGCCUACGUUUCAAUAUUCGUCUAUGAAUCGUAUGACAGCAAGUAUCAAUAUUUACUAUAAACAACAAAAAUUUCAUGAAUCAACUUUUCUAUAUACAAGUUCCUUGGACGAACAACUCGUUGAUAUUGAUUUGAAUGACUCAAUUUCAGCUACUGAUGCUUUUAUGACAAAUAAGAAACUUAAUCAUGAUAUGGCCGACAAUAUUUGUUCUAUGCCAUUGAACUGUCAAAAAGUCUCGAAACGCAAAUCUAGAAAACGUUUAGAUAAUAAACAAAUUAGCUUUACGAAUGUAUGA